CCUGCGCAUGACGCACGCGCGCACGCAAGUGUUCCAAUUGGCAAAUUUGAAUUUUAUUACGUUAAAGAAACCGAUCGGCCAAUUGCGAUCGUUGGUUUUCUUAGGCGACUUUUACAUAUACAGUGUGUCCCGUUAGUGUUGUGUCUGUGACAUUGAAAUAAAAACUGUUUAAUACAGUUGAUUGUGUUUUUUUACAUUUCAUUUUAGAAGGUCGGAUGUACUCAUUAAAUAACUGGUAAAUAAAUACAGCUGAGCGAAACAGGCCAGCCGUGCAUGCUCGGCAGUGAUUAGUGACCCACUCGAAGCAACCGGAACCAUUAUGCCAUAUACAUCAACAACAAUCUAAAACGAUAGACCUGACUCGAAUUGCAAUUGAAAGAACCGUUAGUUAAUUAUGCUUAUUUAUUAACUCGCGACAUGAUGGAGGAGGUGACUACACGCCCCAAUUUGGAGUACAUCUCCCCUCUCCCCCCUAAAGUGAAGCAAAUUACCGGAUCGACUACUUUUACGCAGAUAACUGGCGAUGAUGCUAGCCUUCGAGUGAACGGAUUCGCCGAUAGUCGUUCAGACAUGGACUCUCUAAGUUCGAUGCACUCUCUUGUCCUUAAUUCUAAGACACCAACAACAACGGUAUAUUUAGCGGCGACCCAGCCAGAGCGACCCGCGAUCGCUCCUAGUACAGACGCACUCACCAACGGUCCACACGUGGUCACUAUCAGAAUAAACACGGAUGCUGAUAAGCCGAAGGCGCCGAAAAUAUCAAGCGUCCACCUCAAAAGUGAUGUCGACUUUGAUACUUAUAAAAUCAAUGACAACAGCAAGAAGAACAACAGCUUAGUCAGACUCAACGUCGAGGAGAGUCGGCCGAAAAUUUUAGAUAAUGAGGAUAUGUUAAAGGUGGAUAAACCACCGUACAUCUAUUGUAAUUCGUACGUGAACACAAUGUCUAAUAUCGUUAUGUCUAGUGGCCAAUGCUCUCCAAGUGACACUCUAGAUUCGGGUACGUGCAGCGACCUUGACGGUACACCACCACCACUUCCAAAAAAGAAGACAUUAAAAUCUAACUCCGCAAAGAAAGUCUCCGUUACGGUAAUUAACCAGUCAAGAAAUCAAAGCGAGGUCGAUUUCGAAGAUAACGACUCAAACAUAUCGUGUGACUCGCUAAAUAGUAGCGAGUUAAAUGGAAGCGUGCACGCCGACGAAAGUCAUAGCGACGACGCGAGUAAAAAAGAAAAGAAACAGUCUUCCGAGGCAGCGCCACAAGCGCUAGCCAAAGCGAACAAUAAAGACGGCAGCUUUCUACCACAAGGUCUUCUUCAAGACAUUAGAGAUCGUUCAGCGAAACUCAGUACGGUCGAAACUGAAAGUGAGUUGCAGACUGAGCGGAAUGAGGAAGUGAGUCAGAAUAUUAAUGAUAAUGCAAAUAUAUCAAAAGAAAGCGCUCAACUCACAUCGUUCCGUUUAGUUUCCCAGCUUAAUAGCGAAGUGAAGAAAAACAGUGCGGAAUUGCUACCGGUAACUGAAACCAAAACGCCCCUUAUUAGCGAGAGCACGUAUGAAGAAAGAAAGCAAUCGGAGAAAAUGAAAGACGAUUUAUGUUAUAGCAGCCACUACUUCGAUACGGACAAAUUUUAUGACUUCCACUUAAAUGAAAAACAAUUUGAUGAUGUGUCGGUGAAAAGUGUGAGUGAAAAUAAAAGUGUUUGUGAACAGCUGUCGGAAAUUGAAUAUUUUGCGGGAAUAAAAGAUUACAAAAGUGAGGAAGCACCAUCUACUAUAAAAAGUUCAAAGGGAACAAUUCGUGGUGUAAAAAACCGCGUUCGUGCAGGGAUUGCAACAUUUCUUCAGAUGCAAAGCACGACGAAGAGUUACAGAGAAAAAGACGCAGGCAAAGUUGUUUUAUACGCAACAACAAUGGGAAUAGUCCGCAGCACGUACCAGAGAUGUUUGCUAGUUAAGAAGAUUCUGCGGAACCUGCUCGUGAAGUAUGAAGAGAGGGACGUCUUCAUGAGCAUGGAGUACCAGGAUGAAAUCAGGGAUCGGAUGAAAAGUGACCAGAUUCUUGUCCCGCAACUGUUCAUCGAUGGUCAACACGUGGGGGACGCGGACACUGUUGAGAAACUGAACGAGUGCGGUGAAUUGAGGAAAAUGCUGAAACCGUAUAAGAGUCCAGACGCGUGCAACACUUGUCAAUUCUGCGGUGGUUUCCGUCUCCUACCAUGUCGGAUUUGCAAUGGAUCCAAGAAAAGCCUCCACAGGAACCAUUUCACGGCCGAAUUCGUCGCUCUCAAAUGCAUGAACUGCGAUGAAGUUGGCCUCGUCCGAUGCGAAGCCUGCUCCUGAUUAAAUAUUAAGUUUAAAAAACAAGCUUACAUUAACUGAUCAUUUACAUCUUAAAAUCUAGGAUUUAAACUAUAAUCUAGGCUGAAGUUUUGCUAUGUGUGCAUAUUUGAGAUGUUAAUUAUUUACAAGCACUUUUCUCGAACGGAGUUACUGCUAAUACCUAGUUAGUAUAUUCUAGAAACAAUUAGCUUUGGUGACGAAUUGUAGAAUUGUCAACGAGGCGUAAUUUAGUAGCGACUAUGGUCUUCUUAUUUACGAAUCAAUAGCAGGUUACGUAUUACAUAUAGCAGCGUGAUAUAGGUAAGAUAAUAACUACUUCAGCAAAAAACUUGGUUAAUAAAAUAAUAUUAUAAUACAAGAAUAUAUAUAAAUUUUCUUAAACAUAUAGUACUCGUCACGUAUGCUAAAAUUGUCUUAAGCAAAUCGUCGACGAUAUAAGAGAGCGCCAUGCCGUUCGACGUCAUGUCCGUCGCCGUCGCUCCAAUUGAUACGUCAUGUAAAAUUACGAAACUUUUUUUUUUUUUAUUCAAUAUAAUAACCGAAAUUAAAGGAGUAAAGGAGAGUUAUUUGUUAAAUAAGGAUUCGACGUAAUUCAAUUGUCAUCGUUAUUCGAAGAAUUUUUUGAAUACUAGGUUUAAUGAUUGUAUUGUUUUCAAAAUAAAUAUCAAACAUUUUUUUUUUUAAUUUAAUGCACAAAGCAUGAUUAUAUAGUUAUUUUUAAAUAGCGUUAAUUGUAUGUGAGGUUUGUUAAUUAGAUUAAAGAUUUAGUUUAUACUAAGAGAAUGUAAUCUAACGAGCAUGAUAUCAGAAUAAAUUUAAUAUUUUAAAUUUUGAAAAUGGAACAACUGAGGAUUUUUUUUUUUUAAUUCGUACUCGAUUGCAACUUUUUAAAAUAUUUUUAUUAAAUUUAUAAAUGCCUGUAACAGCGCCGUUGAUAUUUCACCGCGCUGAUGUAAUAUAGGUCGUUUAUACAUGUUGCGCUUCCUCGCAAUGAAAAUUGAGAAAUUCACUAAUUGCCCGAGUUUUUGAACUCGCAAUCUUCGUUUAAAUGAAAUUUCGACUAAUUCAAUUAAUCCUAAAUAAUUAUGGAAUGAAACAGAAAUGAAAGAAAACAUGGCAAAUAUAAAUAAUUUCUACAUUCCUUUGUUUUUUAUCAAUCAAUAAGUACUUGAUAUGAUUUUUUUUUUUAACAGUUUUAAUUUUAGCGGGUAAAGAUUUUGUCGUAGUCAUUAAAUCGACUGUCACUAUUUCUUUUAACGUAACGCAAAGGUGCUGAUUAUAUAACUAUUUGCUAAUGCUCAAACUAUACGGGGAAAAUCAAGUCUGGAAGUAAGGUUAUUAAUUAUGAUUAAGUUAAACGCAUAAUUUUUAUUGAGACUCCUUGAAAGUAGUAUGCCAUAAAUUAGAUGCAAUAACGUAUAUUUAUAGGCGAAUUAAAUGUUUAGUAUACGUGCUUUUAUACGUAGAAUAUAUUAAUAUAAUUUAGAUAUAAAUAGAUCAUAGUUUAGUGAAAAAAAUAUGGCAUAAAUAUUAAAACUCGAUAAAGUUGUUGUACUGUGAAACUAGAUGGCGUUGAUAACAAUGUCGAUUUUGUUUUUUGAACUUGGAAUGCAAUUUUUAUUCCAAAUAUUACGAUUACAAUAAAUUUUAAAGAUAUGCAUGGCGGUUUUAGCCGUAAAGAUCUUUGGUCGAAAACACACUGGUUUUUCACACUACAGUUACCUUUGAAUAUGUGUGGAAUUAAUAUAAGUUUCUUUACCGUGUAUUAAUACAUAUGAAAUACGAAUAAUAUCAUUAUUAUAAUAUCGAUGUAUAAAGUUUCUCUCGAGUUAAUAAUAAUAUCACAAAGUUCAUACAACAAUCGAAAAUUAAUUCUUCUUUACUUCGAAUAUUUUAUCCUAUUUUAUACUUUAAAAUAGAGUUUAAAAAUUCAAGUAAAUUAUAUAUUAAAUAAUAUGUGAUGGCUUACAAGGAAAUGUGAUAAAUAAAUGAAAAAUUGUAAUCAA